AUGGAACAACCCCCUGCUAUGGUCUGGCAACAGCUUAUGAGCAUAAAACAGCGGGCGCAAGCGUGCUUGGUGAAGCUCAAGGACGAAAAUGCCUGGUGCGAUGUCGUCAAUGCUGUCCUCACCUCUGUCCUGGAUCUCAACAAUCUCCAUCAAGACUUGGAAGUUAACAACAUCCAGUCGCAAUCCCUUGAUCCACAAUAUCUGCCUCGUGUUUGUAACAGCGGGCGACUUGAUGUAGUCAACAAGAAAUCAGACUUUGCGCUGGCAAUGACCAGACACAUCAUGAAUCCCACGGAUUUGCCCCUGUCAGCCAUGGCUGAUGCUUACACUUCUACCGUCCCCAUCGCCUGCCCGAUCGAAGUAAAAAGACACGGCGGAAGCGCAGAAGAAGCGGAAAUACAGCUGAUGGUUGCUCUGUCUGCUGGGCUGUCGCAUUUGCAGCAUCUUCGUCACCUUGGAGAUCCGAGUGUAGAUGAUAAACUUCCGCUCAUGGUAGGAUGUGCAGUCAUUGGUCAUUCCUGGAGCUUUUAUAUCGCAUGGAAGGACAUCAGUGCAGAUGGCGCAAUCACUGUGAUGGGUCCGCUUUCUCCUGCUAAUGCGAGCACUGCUGACACUACUUCGAUGUUCGUCCUACUCAAGAUCUGGACCAAGCUCGUUCAAUGGUUUGAUGACAUCUGGCUCUGUAACCACUAUUUCGACCUGAUAGAGGCUGCAGUCAAGGCUACUCGCGAGAGCACCGCAGAGUAG